GUUCUUAUGACGAUGCUUCUUAGCCAUGCGGGAUUGGACCGGUCUGGAUUUCUCUCUCUCUCUCUCUCUCAACUGAAGAAGAAGCAGGUCGGUGGUAAUUGAGCAAUGGCGACGUCAUCGGCGAGUGGAAGAGGAAGCAGCAACAGAGAAGGGGGUGCAAAAGCCAUCGUCGCCGAUCAAAUAUCGCAAGCCGUUCAGUCCACCUCCAAUCUCCUCCACCUCAUGCAACAGUCCUCUUCUUCCCAGGCCCAGCUAAUGAUGCUUCCCAAGAAGCUUCUGGCAAAAACAGCAACAAUAGGGAAUACUGGGCGAGUCUUGGAAGAGAUGCCUCGGGUAAUUUCAUCUCUGGAUGCACACAUGGAGACUAGUUUGCAAAGUGUUCCUCAUCUGCAAACGGCGAUCCAGUUACUAGCAAACAUGGAAAGCAACCAGCUUAAUUCUCUCUCGAAAGUUCAUUUUGCUCGAGAGGUAAUGAGCUUUCCUCCCCUCACUCCUCUCCCUGACAGGCAAGGAAUGCAGUUGCACUUGUGUCGCAUACCUUGCCUCAUGGAAACUGGACUGAUGUCCUAGUGCUCCUGAUUGACGCAUCCCUCUGCCAAAGAAAUCAACUGGCGGAUCAACCUCCUGCAGUGCCAUAAUUGGUUAUAUUUCACUGCUGAAGUUUCAAACAGGGGGUAGGAGUAGUGUGCAGACACAAUUUUUUUCCACGGAAACUGAGGGUGUUAGGCUUUGUCUCAUUUGGAAGUGCGCAUGUAUCUCUUCCAACUGGUUAUAAUGCCCAUCUUUUUCUUUUGUUUUUUUCCCUAAUGUCGUGCUGUUCCACCUCGCAACCUAAUUGCAUGUCUGGAUCUCCUUAAGUCCUGCUUAAGUUGUCAAAAAUGUUUUGUCGCUAGCAUAAGUACACAGUGGAGAGUGACAUGUUUUCUCCAGAAGAAAUAUCUUCACCCUGCUACCAGAAGAAAGUGCAGUGUUAAGAUACCAUACUCGUUUAGUCCGUGACUGGCCAAACAAGCAACACUCAAUUCAGUUGAUGCCCCUCUCAGCUGGACUAAGGAUGCAGCCGAGAAGGUUAUUCGGGCCUUGCUGAUGCCAAUUAAUCUCUUCUGAGCUCAUGAUUGAUAAUCACUCAUUGGGGUCGUGGAAAUUAAGAUGCCACAGUCCGGUGAAAAUAAACCUUGGCUUAUUUUACAGGAUACUCUUGAGCAUAUUGUAAAGUUAAACAGCCUUAUUCAGUGAUCUUUUCUGUGAGAGGAGGGACUAUACUCCUGAAAUACUUAUUCAUGGGUUUCAUAUUACUGUAUAUGUACUCUGAUGUGUGGAGUAAUUCGUUUAUUUGGCAAAAUAUUACUAAAGCUAUAGUACCUUGGAAC